CCUGUCCUUGUAACGUAUACCACACAUUUUUCCUGUUAAUACAAAUAAACUAGAUAAAGUAAAAUAGACAAAGUAGUUAGUCUAUCAACACUUAUUUAAUGCUACUCACAAUUAGGUAUCUAUUUGCCAAUGACCAUUUCAUAUUUAAUAGAGAAACAAAUGAACCAUUACAAGAACUCGUACUUUAGUAGGUUGCGGCUUGCACACUAGUAACGUAAGAUAUUGAGAAGUUUGACUUGUUUUAAUAUCAGCAGCACCCUUAACAUGAUUGGCUGUCAUAAAUAAUAAAGAGAAGACGUAUUUUAUAGCAAUGGUUAAUUAUGUAGGUUAAGUAGAACAAAUGCAAAUGCAGGGUUAGUGCAUCUGCACGCCGUGGGAGGGUGUAAAACAGAGGAGGAUUCACUCCUGGUCACAUUUCGAGUGAUGUUCUCUCAGACAGCACAGCAAUCUGCUGAUAAACAUGCUUCACUGGCUUGUUUUGUUUGUUUUGUGCUUCUGGCAUCUUGUUGAUGUGAUUGGUGUUGAGGCAGAUGAAAUCGAGACGUUGUCAGUGAUGGAGGGCGAUUCUGUCACCUUACUGACUGGUGUGUCUAAAAUACAAGAGGAUGAUCUGAUCAUGUGGAUGAGUGGAAACUACUGUAUCGCUAAACUCAACAUAUCAUCCCAAGUCAUCUCUGAAACUCACAACAUAUUCAGAGACCGACUGAAGCUGGAUCAUCAGACUGGAUCUCUGACCAUCACAAACAUCAGAAGCACAGACUCCGGACUUUAUAAAGCACAGAUGAUUGGACAACAAGUGUCAAAGAAAACUUUCCAUGUCACCGUCAUCGCUCAUCUGCCCGUUCCUGUUAUCACCAGUUACUGUCCUCAAAAUCCUUCUCCGUCAGGAUCAUCGGUGUCCAGAUGUGUACUGUUGUGUUCAGUGGUGAAUGUGGGUCAUGUGACUCUCUCCUGGUACAAAGGAAACAGUUUAUUGUCCAGCAUCAGUGUGUCUGAUCUCAGCAUCAGUCUCUCUCUACCUCUGGAGGUGGAAUAUCAGGAGAAAAACAGCUACAGCUGUGUGAUCAACAAUCCCAUCACAAACCAGACCACACAUCUGGACAUCAGCAAACUCUGUCAGCCAUGUUCAGUCCACAUCUAUUGCUGCGGUUUUACUGAAGCUGUGAUCCGAUUGGUCGUCUCUGCUCUGGUGGGCGUGGCUACUGUGGCUGUUCUGGUUUAUGACAUUAGAUCUGCAAGAGGACGAGACAAGAAGCAGAUAUCAUACAUAUUGUGACAUAUCUGUAGGUUCUAUGAAGAUUAAGAAAAAAAAAAAAGAUUACUUUUUAUUUUUUGGAUAGUUCGGGCCAGUUUCACAGGAAGUUAUGAUUUUGUUCUCAUGGAUGGAAAUGGUGCUUUUUCACAUACUGUAUAGUUGUAUUUAGAUCUGAGUAGAUUAAAUAUUAUAGAGCAAUUUGGUAUGAUGCUGUUAGAGCUUCAUGAGGAAAAGCUAUACGAGAACCAAAAAGAAAGUCUAAUAACCUGACAAAAAGAGAAAUAUCUAAGAUCAAACUACAGACAGACAGUGAUAUUAUGGACACAGUAUGUUAUGAUUUUUAGAAUAUCUCAGGUAAGUAGAAUAUAUAUAUAUAUAUAUACACACACAUAU